GCGAGCUGUAUGAUGACACCUUGGGAUUCCGCGAAGUAGUUUCUUUCAGAUAUAGGAACAGAACAGUAAACAGCGAUACAGAGUUGACGCACUUGUGAGGGAAGAAGAGAAUAGCCUAGCCUACGCAAAGUUUCCACGCUUUCUAUAUACUUGAAAUAAUAUUGAGAUAGACAACUGCUUCGUGAGCGUGUAGACGCAAGAAGCGACACACGCUAUUUUCCUUUAUCCUUCGCCGGGAACAUUUCAUCCCAGUCACAUUGGGAAAAACACGUGUAGGCGUGAAACCACGUUUACCGGAGUCGUCUGGACCCCGAUGUCCAUGUGAUGAGCAUCCACACUGCGCCCUGAGUUUUGUUUUGAAGUAUUUGAGGCACUGGUGACUUCUACAGUUACAGCACACUUUGUGUAACUACAAUGACGGACGUUGAAAUUGCUGCAAGGUCCUUGGAUCCGAUCUCAAACGGAUCGAGCUCUGACCGCACAGACAAACUAGCCGGCGAGGAGGGACCCGGGGAAAGUCAAGAGAGUCGGACUCUGCUAAUGGUCGCAAUGAUUCUGCUGGACCUAAAUCAGUGCAACCCGAGCGGAAUCAGCACCAAGCGUAUGGUGGACUGUGAUGCGGAGAAUCAAACCGGCGUAAAGGAAAACCGGGAGAAAUGCAGGGUGAAAAGGACAUGGAACUGUGACAGACUGCAUGUAUCAGCUGAGAAGAGACACUGUUGUCCCUAUGCUGGCUGUGGUAAAAUAUACGGCAAAUCGUCCCAUCUCAAGGCGCACUUCAGAGUACACACCGGUGAGAGGCCCUUUCAGUGUACCUGGUCAGGCUGCACAAAGAAAUUCUCCCGGUCAGAUGAACUGACACGACACUUUCGUACCCACACAGGGGAGAAGCGCUUCAUGUGCCCGCUCUGCGACAAAUGCUUCAUGCGAAGCGAUCACCUCACCAAGCACGCCCGCAGACACGCCGGCUUUCACCCCAAUAUGCUCCAGGGUCCCGCCGGACGAAGACGACACUCUUCAACAUCCACAUCGUCCACUGGCUCCAAUGAUCACAUGUCUGCUGGUGUUUGAGCAACUACGUGACCCCCACAUUUUGGAUGUCUCUCUUACCUGAAUCUCUGACACCCAGUUCAGGUCUUAGAGUCUUUAUUUAUGAUUAAUGACAUCUAUGAACUAUCUAUCUGAUAUGAAAUCCAGCUGUUAUAUACUAAUGAUAGGCUAUCUAUUAACUGAUGAUUAAAGAUAUCAUCAGGUGGAGUCAUACAAAACAUCAUAAUCGAGUCUUACAAAAUAAGCUUGCAGGAGUACUCCAAGACAAAGACUGAAAAUGGGACUUCUCAAUGGAAUGGAGAGAAACUAUGCAUUUUUGGCAGAAAUAAUGUAAUAAAGUCCCAAGGGUUAUUUUUAAAAUAAGUAAGGAUAUUUACAGUAUAAUUUAAUCUGUAUAAAUGACAGGUAUUAACAUUAUAUCACAAAGAUGGGAUUGAUGUCAACAGAGAGGAGCCAGGUGAUUUAUUACAUACCCACUGUGACAAAGGGAAAAGAACAGUGUCUGUGUAAAAAUAUAUUAUGUGAAACAGACACAUUUCAAUUAUCAGGGUGAAGUGUCAACAUUUAAAGUGGUCCAGUAUAGGAAGUGAAUAUGUUUUAAUUUAAAAUAAUCGCUGUGAAUGCUUUUUGUUUGACUUUAGUGUUGACUUUAGUGUUGAAGACAGGUUUUGAAUUAUGUUAAAACGUCUGGGUACCUAUGAAAAUAACUUAACAUGAUAAAUUGUCAUGUUGUCAACACAAUCACACUUUUGUUUUAAGCAAUUAUAAGUAAUUAUUUGCAUAUUCUAAUCAGUUAUGCAAAAUAAUGUAACAUUUAAGCUAGAGCAUUAAAAAUACCCUUUAUUCAGGACACUUUUAUUUUUUAUUUUUUUUAAAGCUUUACAUUGUUUUUACAUUGAUCAGCUUUCAUAAGCUGUUAUGUUGGCCUGCCAACAGUUUUACUCAUUAAUAGUUUACCAUCGCCAUCUACAGUCGUGUUAUGUUAUAACACGAGGCAAGAUCUGUGCCUUUAAUCUCCAAAUAUUGCACAGCUGAACCAUCCACAACUGAGAUUGUAAUUUUUUUCUCACUACCUUUAGUUUUAUUAUUAGCCUAAAGUAUUUACUUUCAGUCAAUGAACCUGUGUAACAUAUUCUUUUCUUAGUUUUAUUUAUGGGGGUUUCAGAUUCAUAUUCAGCUGUUGAAAUACUUGAAAUAAUUAAUAAUGUUAUUUGAAUGUAGAUUUAGUUUGAAUCUGUUGUGAUGAUCAGACAUUUAAAAGACAAGCACAAACAGAAUUUUGAAUGUGAAUAAUUGUCAAUGCAUCUGUUCAUCUUGUAUCGAUUGUUAUAUUUUAUGUUAUGAUAACUGAUCAACAAAUAUUACGCUUUUUUAUCAUCACAGAAUGUCUGUGCUAAUUUAUUUUCCAGAUGUUCCAUAUGUUUAAUAGGUUGUGAGCAGGUCAUUUGAAACACAAUCAUUGUAAAAAUACUCAACCUGUGCCUUCUGUUUUGAGGUUUAGUACUCUUAUCUUAGAUUGCAGAAUUUAAUUAGCAAAUUAUAGAGAAAUACUUUGCUGUUGUUUACAAAAGUCUUCUCAGUUCCGUAGUGUGAAUCCUAAUGUUGUGAUGUGUUUAUCUGCAUAUUACAGACUUCAUUGUGCAUAUAUAUUCUGUAUUUUUACAUCACUAUCAUUUGUAUAUAAAUAUUCUGUAUUUUUACAUCAUCAUAUCAUUUUUGCAACAUUCAACGUUCGUUACCUGUAAAUUAUGCGCAAAGAGGGUAACUAAUUAAAACAAAGAGAAGUCUAAUUCAGGUCUGCUUUUAUUGAUAUCACUGAAACCAAUAACAACAUUGUUAGUACAUAAAUGGACUUUCUCACAUAAUUAACAUAUUUAAUUAUAACAUAAAAACACAGCUUUUGUCCAACAAAUGCUCACCUUUGAUUAUGCUUGAAUUGAAUACAUCAGGUCAUUACACUGUUUUAAAAUUCACAAAAAAGUGAAUAUGAGCAGUUCAAAUGAAAGCAAUUUGCAUUUUGAGAUACAACUUGAUCGAUACAAUAUGUAGAGUGUAAAGACAACGCAAAAUGCGUCAAAGCUGAAUUGAAAGGUAAAAUCUGUAAAAUAUCGAAUGUGUAGAUUAACAGUGCAGGUUAAUCAUUGACAGCUUGAAUCAUUUUUAAUAAUAAUAAUAAUGGAUGUUAAGAUAGACCAGGGAAGUUUAUCAUUUUAGCAACAGUAACAUUCAUAGUUUAUUUCCAAAGACCAGCAGAAAAGAGUACUUUUAAACAGCCCA